AUGGAUGCAACAUCAAUAAUCACACAAGUCUCACGCGACGAUGAGCAGUUGAACGUGUGUGCAAAUGAGAAAGACGAUGUCGAACGCUUAAAACCACCAAAACGCGGCUUCUUUCAAUCCUUUCUAUGCUGCUGGCGACGUAAUCGCACGAAAACCAAUCAAAAUGGCACAUCAAUCGAUGGUUCCACAACACCGCCACCAUUACCGGACCAACAAAGGUACCUACUACCUCAGGUUAGGCACUCGGAUAUGCAUAAAAAAUGCAUGGUCAUCGAUUUGGAUGAGACAUUAGUGCACAGUAGUUUUAAGCCGAUUCCAAAUGCUGAUUUUAUUGUACCAGUGGAAAUUGAUGGCACCAUACAUCAAGUUUACGUACUCAAAAGGCCCUACGUCGAUGAGUUCCUGCGAAAAAUGGGCGAAUUGUACGAGUGUGUUUUAUUUACAGCAUCACUAGCCAAAUAUGCAGAUCCCGUUGCCGAUCUAUUAGACAAAUGGGAUGUAUUUCGUGCAAGACUGUUUAGGGAAUCGUGCGUUUAUUACAGGGGAAAUUAUAUUAAGGAUCUAAAUCGUCUUGGACGUGAUUUACAAAAAAUCGUCAUUGUCGAUAAUUCACCAGCGAGUUAUAUAUUUCAUCCAGAUAAUGCGGUUCCUGUAAAGUCAUGGUUUGAUGACACAAACGAUUCCGAAUUACUUGAACUGAUACCGCUGUUUGAGAAACUUAGCAAAGUCGAUUCUGUAUACAGCGUUCUGUGCAAUUCCAACAAUCCACUGAAUAGUGUUGCGAAAAUGUAA